AUGACUUGGACCGUGAACAGCGCUGUCAUCACUCUCGCCAUCCUUUUCAUUUGGCGGGUGGAAAAACUCACAGAGGCCUGUAGCUGCUCCCCAGCGCAUCCCCAACAGGCGUUCUGCAACUCAGACGUCGUUAUCCGAGCUAAAGUGGUUGGCUCUCAGGUGAUCGAUGCUGGCAAUGAUAUCUAUGGAAAUGCAAUCAAAAGAAUCCAAUAUGAUGUCAAAACAAUCAAGAUGUUUAAAGGUCCAACCCAGAACUUUGAUGUGAUCUACACGGCACCGACCUCUACAGUGUGUGGGGUGACUCUCGAAACUAAUAGCAAAGAGUAUCUCAUUGCAGGUAAAUUGGAAAAUGAUGGAACAAUGCAUGUUACUCUGUGUGACUUCAUUGAAUCCUGGGAGGAGCUAAGCGCAACCCAGAAGAAAAGUCUUGCUCAGCGCUAUGAAAUGGGUUGUGACUGCAAGAUCACUCACUGUACCUCCAUCCCCUGCACAAUCAGUGGACAAGCAGAAUGCCUAUGGACAGAUUGGGUGAUUGAAAAGAACUGCGCAUUUCUCAUUCUAAUCAUAAGUAAUGUUUCAACGAUGCCGAUAGUAGAUAAACUCAAAGAGGCUUUGAAACCUGGGCGAAAGGAGACGAGUGAUGAAGGAGAUCUCAACAAAUUGCUUGCAUCUUCAGCAAAAAAGGUUCUUCUGCAAAAAAUUGAGUUUGAACCCGCCAGCAAGGGAUUCUCCUAUCAGCUUGACAGCCUAAAGAACAAGUAUGUAAUCCUCAAUCCCAAAAAUCAGGCUGCACCCGGACAGAAGGUCAUAGAACCUGCCCAAAUCAAAAGACAAGCCUCAGAAAAUGUCAUUGGAAACCAGAGCGAUGGCAUCCCUGCUCCUCAGAAAUUUCUUUUUUCUGGGAGUAAGCUGACCCUCAAAUGGGAGCGAGUGUACAGAGUGGGAGCCGGCCUCCACAAUCUCGGCAACACCUGCUUCCUCAACUCCACAGUGCAGUGUCUCACCUACACGCCACCGCUCGCCAACUACUUACUCUCAAAGGAGCACAGUCGAGCUUGUCACCAGUCAGGAUUUUGUAUGAUCUGUGUAAUGCAGAAUCAUAUUAUCCAAGCUUUUGCCAACACUGGUAACGCCAUAAAGCCAGUCUCCUUCAUCAGAGACCUCAAGAAGAUUGCCAGACACUUUCGUUUCGGCAGCCAGGAGGAUGCUCACGAGUUUUUGCGGUACACCAUUGACGCCAUGCAAAAGGCCUGUCUUAAUGGAUACCCCAAGCUUGACCGACAAACGCAGGCCACAACGUUGGUUCACCAGAUCUUUGGGGGUUACCUCAGGUCAAGAGUGAAAUGCUCUAUCUGCAAAAGUGUGUCUGAUACAUACGAUCCUUACCUGGACAUUGCUGUUGAGAUCCGGCAAGCUGCCAACAUAGUGCGGGCUUUGGAACUGUUUGUCAAACCAGAUGUGUUAAGUGGAGAAAAUGCCUACAUGUGCGCCAAGUGCAAAAAGAAAGUGCCAGCUACGAAGCGCUUUACUGUCCAUCGAACGUCAAAUGUGCUCACUCUUUCUCUGAAGAGAUUUGCCAACUUUAGUGGAGGAAAAAUAACAAAGGAUGUGGGAUACCCUGAGUUUCUUAACAUCCGCCCCUACAUGUCUCAAAGCUCAGGUGAUCCAGUCAUGUAUGGCCUUUAUGCUGUGCUUGUGCAUUCUGGCUACAGCUGUCAUGCUGGCCAUUACUACUGCUAUGUCAAGGCCAGUAACGGACAAUGGUACCAAAUGAAUGAUUCAAUGGUGCACUCCAGUAACAUCAAAGUGGUGUUGAACCAGCAAGCAUAUGUGCUUUUUUACCUGCGUAUUCCUGAGACCAAGAAAAAUGCUGAUGGACAAACCACAAAGCAGGCAGCAUUGAAUCCAGGGAAAAAUGGCACAUCUUCAGACCAAAUAAAAAGAACCAAUCUCAAUGGCCCUCUUUCAUCUCCACAGGUUACAAAGAAACUUGAGCCUGCCCAGCUCCGCAAAAUUCAAUCUAUGGAUGGAGGUUUGGGCUUCCCAAUUUCUAGAAAUGGUGUGAGCUCCCAGUCACAACCGAGGCUGUCCAGUUGGACCGGUGGUCUGCCUAAGCAGUUAAGUGGCCCAGCGGUCAUUGAAGAGCCGUUCAAAAAGAUGAAGAAGCCCGCUCCUCAAAGCCUGGUGCAGUCACGCUGCAACUCCUCUACCAGUUCUGCCAAUGGAGUCAGUCGGGCCGAGGGGGACAGAAAACAGGGCAACGAGAGCAGGGGCAUGGCAGCGUCUACCUCAAUCAAGUCUUUGUCAGACUCAUCCUCUGCAGACACUUCUGAUUCAAAGGAUUCCUAUGGACCUAAAAGUGCUCCAGUAGGAGAAACCCCCUCCACCCCUCGCAAAAGCUCAAAUGGAGUGGCAUCUCCGGCCAAAAGUGUGGAGCGCUCUCAAAGCUUGGAAGAACAGAAGUCAAAAAUUAAGACUGCAUCUCUCAACAAUAUUUCAGCUGAAGCUACCAGCACCAUGUCUCCUCCACCUGCCAAAAAACUGGCCUUGUCUGCAAAAAAGGCUCGCAGGGAGAGUCCCAACAGCACUGACGCUUCGCCCCCUUUGUCCUGCCAGCCGCCCAGUGACCCUAUGCAUCAAAGUCAACACAACCCUCUUUCUUUGUCAUCGACACUCUCCCACAGAGCUGACCCAUUCCAUUCACCUAAAGUCAAUUCAUCGCCCGUCGCUUGCACAAGUGGAACCUUCAAACAGCAGAGUGCCCAGUCACAACCUCUCAGUCACCCUCACAAAAAACAAAACUCUCUUCUCACCAAUGGACUUCACAAUCUGGCCCCAAAUAUCAGCAAGUCCUCCAGCCAUCUCAACUCGACCACACAGCAGCACCGCGUCCACAGCGGUUUAGAUCCAGAGAUCAGUCAUAAGAAAAAGAAACGGAAAAAGAAGAGGCGACAUUCGGAGGUGGAUUGUACAGAGGCACGAGCUGAAGCGGUUGAACCAGUCUGUGAGCCUCAGAAUGAAAAGAAACGCAAGAAGAAAAGGAAAAAGCGCAAGCGGGAGAAUGGCGACGUCGCAGAGAAAGGCUGCGUCCCGAACCACCUGGAGUCGACACCCGCUCAAGAUGAAGACUGGUGCGAGGGAGGAAUGUGGAGUUUAUCGUCUACCUCUGACGCCCGAAAGGCUAAAGAAAAGGCAGUUCACGCAACCCCAGAACAGUAUGAGCCCAAUUCUAUCAAUGAGGAUGAUGAUCAGGUUUUGUUAAAAAAGAAGAGGAAGAAAAAGAAGCUUCUGGAGGCUCUGCAGGCCGCAUCUUUGUCUGGUAGUAUUUCUGAAAGCUUUCAACAGAUGACGGCGCCACUUAUUCAGGGUGACUCGGGCGAUUUGACGAAAUUGAAAAAGAAAAUGAAGAAAAAGAGACUAAAAGAGAUUGAGCAGGGGGACGAGGGCGAUCGGGUAGAAAAAAUUGAGCCAAAAAUAUCAGAAGAACUGCCGACUGCAGAAAAGGAAAAAACUGGCAAGACGAGCAAAACGACUGCUUCUGUAGUGUUGUGGGACAGUCAAGUGAAAGAUGGGUACAAGCGCAACCAUGCUCCUGUUGUGAACACCUCAGAGAAUGCCCCAGCUUGUACUGCCCCAGUGUGGGAUGGGAAAAAGACCAGUGGUGUGGUUGAGGAGCUGCUUAAGAAUUCUUCAGAUAAGGCCUAUGGAGCGACUGUCCUCAGUUGGGAAGGUGAGUCGUCUGCGAUCAGUCGAGAUGCCGCUGAGGAUACGCGCCACGCCAAGUGUGACACUGUGAUUGAUGAAUGGGAUGAAGAAUUUGAUAGGGGAAAGGUAAAAAAGGUAAAAGGCUAUAAAAGAGAAAAGUGGAGGAGCGGCAGCAUCUUUCAGAAGAUCCAGGACCAGAGGCACAAGUGGCAGAGGAACGAGAGCCGCAGUGAAGUCUGGCUCCAUCCACCCAUCCUUCUCACCAGAGUCUAUACGCCCCUGACUGAGAUGAAGCUGCUGUGA